AUGCUUCCCUUAGCGUGGGAAAAAGUGGCUUCAAGAAAGCAGUGCAGCGCGGGCGAACAAGCCUCUGCAAAGCACCUUAUCAAGCAUUCAUAUUGUGUUGUAACAGCUUGCGCUAGCGGUGUGCGUUUCCUAGCAUCAAACCUAGAGGGUGUGCUCAAAAGCAAGGAUGCAGCCUUUCAUAGCCUCAUCGCAGGUUGCGUUCUUCAACAUCUACGCAUGCUGAGUGAAGUGUCUCAGGAGGAAUUUAUGGCUUACCCUUACAUACUGUCUUAUAGGAAAGCUGAGCCGUGUGAACCGUGA